UCACUGUAAGAAACUAGAUUUUUCUUCGUGCGCCAUAUUGAGAGAUAAGGGAAAAUUAUUUGAAAGAGUUAUAGUGAAAAACUGGAAAAGCAAAGAAAAAAUGACAUCAAUAUUUUAAGCUAGUUCCGGGAUAGAUUCAAUGAGCGAAACAUAGUAGUUUUGGGUGCGUUUUCGAUUAUUGACACAGCAAAUUUAAAAAGAAGAGACUCUUUGGGACUAAUUGCUAAAGUGGAACCUAAAAUAAACAUUAAUUUAGAAAUGGGCAACAACGCCGUUACGGCGAACAAAAAAGUAGACGCUGCUGAAAGUGUCAAAGAGUUUCUGGAACAAGCCAAAGAAGAAUUUGAAGAAAAAUGGAAGAGAAAUCCAACUAAUACAGCUUGUUUAGAUGACUUUGACCGAAUAAAGACACUUGGCACUGGUUCAUUUGGCCGGGUUAUGAUUGUGCAACAUAAACCAACCAAGGAUUAUUUCGCAAUGAAAAUUUUAGAUAAACAAAAGGUGGUUAAAUUGAAACAAGUAGAACAUACACUGAAUGAAAAGCGGAUUUUGCAAGCAAUUCAAUUUCCGUUCUUGGUCAGUUUAAAAUACCAUUUCAAGGACAAUUCUAAUUUAUACAUGGUAUUAGAAUAUGUGCCAGGAGGAGAAAUGUUUUCUCAUUUGCGAAAGGUUGGCAGAUUUUCUGAGCCACAUUCAAGGUUUUAUGCUGCACAAAUUGUCCUAGCGUUUGAAUACUUGCAUUACUUAGACUUGAUCUAUCGCGACCUUAAGCCUGAAAAUUUACUAAUUGACUCGCAGGGCUAUUUGAAAGUCACUGAUUUUGGUUUUGCAAAACGUGUCAAAGGCCGCACAUGGACUUUAUGCGGAACUCCCGAAUACCUAGCACCAGAAAUAAUAUUGAGCAAGGGUUACAACAAAGCUGUCGAUUGGUGGGCAUUAGGCGUUCUUGUCUACGAAAUGGCGGCUGGCUAUCCACCAUUCUUUGCAGACCAACCUAUUCAAAUUUACGAAAAAAUAGUUUCAGGAAAAGUUCGUUUCCCGUCUCACUUUGGUUCGGAUCUGAAAGAACUAUUAAGAAAUCUCCUCCAAGUCGACUUAACCAAAAGAUAUGGUAAUCUUAAGGCAGGAGUAAAUGAUAUUAAGGGACACAAGUGGUUCUCGUCUAUUGAUUGGAUUGCAAUUUUCCAAAAGAAAAAUGAAGCACCGUUCAUACCAAGGUGUAAGGGUCCAGGAGAUACAAGCAAUUUUGACGAUUACGAGGAAGAAGCAUUGCGAAUUUCCAGCACUGAGAAAUGUGCCAAGGAAUUUGCUGAAUUUUAAAUUCUCUAAGGUAAUUAAAACUUAGAUAGCUUGCGUAUCUGGGAUUUUGUGUCAUAAGAAAUAAUACACAAACUAAAAGCUGAUAAUUGGAAAACACCUAUUUAGUUUCCCAUAAUGUAUCGUCGUCACAAAAAAAAAAUCAAUAUAUAUAUAAAUAUAUAUAUUAACUACUUAUACAUAAUAAUAAUAAUAACUAAAUAUUAGAUAUAUCAUUAAUGUUUUAUUAAAAAAAAAUAUUAUUCUUAUAUGUAGAAAAGUCCAAUUUGGUAUGUUGUAAUAAUAACAGUCAUCAUUGAAUUCGAAUUUCAAUCUGUUAUCCUCACAAUUGAUUUCUUUAAAAUCGUGAAAAAGCAAACAAUAUGUAUCCUUAUACAUUUAUAUAUAAAUAUAAAAAAAAAUAAAGAAAAAUAUCCUUAUAUUAUUUCAAGAUUUUCAUAAAUAUAAAG